UUUUUCGAGCUGUGGACGACUGGAUGCCACUCGUUGUCUCUUUCCCUUCAGACACCCUGCGCCUACACCCCUCUUCUGUAGUAAUCACUAAUCACCGAAGGCAGGAAGGAAACGAAGAGGAUUUGGUUGGGCAACUACUUGAGUUUGGGCGUGAUAUCGCUGGAGCGAUGCACAUAGAGAGACUGGUGGGAGAGAUGGAAAAGCCGAUAUUCAGAGACAUAAGGCGUUAUUUCUGUGAGUACUGCGGCAUUUGCAGGUCCAAGAAGUCCCUCAUCACCUCUCACAUCCUUACCCAUCACAAGGAAGAGAUGGAGGAGAAGGGUGUUGAUGAAGAAGAUAAAAUAGAGGGGACAAAAUCCAAUACUUGCACAGAAUGUGGUGCCACUUUCAAGAAACCGGCGUAUUUGAAGCAACAUAUGCAGAGUCAUUCCCUCGAGAGGCUGUAUACUUGUCCGGUUGAUGAUUGCCAUUCCAGCUACAGAAGAAAGGACCACUUGACUCGCCAUCUUCUUCUGCACCAAGGAAAAGUCUUCAAUUGUCCAAUUGAGAACUGCAACCGUGAAUUUUCUUUUCAAGGCAAUAUGAAAAGGCAUGUGAAAGAAUUCCAUAACGAGGAUCACCCUCCAACUGAUGCUAAAUGCCAGAAGCAGUAUGUCUGCCCUGAAAUUGGGUGUGGGAAGGUUUUCAGAUUUGCAUCAAAGUUGCGGAAGCAUGAGGACUCCCAUGUUAAACUAGACUCAGUGGAGGCGUUCUGUUGUGAACCUGGUUGUAUGAAAUAUUUUGCCAAUGAUCAAUGCCUUAAGGCCCACAUCAAGUCCUGCCACCAACAUAUAACUUGUGAGAUAUGCGGGACCAAGCAGCUGAAAAAGAACAUUAAGCGGCACUUGAGAAUGCAUGAAGCCGAAGUGUCAUUGUUGAGAAUCAAAUGCAAUCACAAGGGUUGUCUUCACACAUUUUCAAAUAAAUCAAAUCUCCGUCAGCAUGUGAAGGCUGUGCACCUUGAUCUUAAACCUUUUGCCUGCAGCUUUACUGGUUGUGGAAUGAGAUUUGCACACAAGCAUGUGAGAGACAAUCAUGAAAAAACAGGGAACCAUGUUUACACACUUGGGGACUUUGAAGAGUCAGAUGAGCACUUUCAAUCCAGGCCUAGGGGUGGGCGGAAGAGAAAGUGCCCAACUGUAGAAAUGCUGAUCCGAAAGAGGGUUACUCCACCAAGUCAGUUGGAUGAGGGAUCUGACCAUCUUUCUUGGUUGAUCUCACAGAGGACUGACGACGAGCAGUGAGUCAUGCCCUCUAGUUUUGCGCGAUGUGUAUAGACUCUUCCAAUAGAAAUAUAUAUAGGAAUUAGGUAUAUCUACUCUUAAGCUCAUUAUAGAUAAUAUAUAUAGCUUAUUAGCAUCCUUGUAUAAUAUGGUUAUGUUCCUCAGUUGAAUACAAAUGUAGCCUUAGUUUCUUCAACCAACCUUUUUUUCUGCCUCUUUUUUGUGUUUGUUUAAAAGGGAAGGUUGGGUUGAGGUUUGCUCACUCGAAAUUGUUUUAGCGAAUAGAAUUGCUUUGAAGUCAGGUUAGCUUUUGUUGUUGUUUGAUGGAAUUAAAUGGAGAAAGCAUUCGGUUCACUUA